AUGGAGCUGGAGUCCAGAUUCAGGAUUAACAGGUCUCUGUUUGUGGCAGUCCUGAGUGUGGAGAUGGUGCUGGGGGUUGUGGGAAAUGUUAUAAUUCUACUGACAAAAUUCAAGUGCAGGGGUCAGUUUCAGUGCCGCAGCUGGCUCCCUUUCCUCAGCUUGUCACUGUCUGACCUCGGCUCCUCCGUGCUCAUCAUCUCUGGCUCCCUAUUGGCCGUUCUCACCAGGGGUCAGAGGUCACCGUGGUGUGAGGUUGUCAGCCUGCUCAAGUUUGCUUUCAUCACUUCUUCCAUUGGCAGCCUGGCGAUCCUCUGUCUCCAGAGAACCACGGGUGUGGCCUCCACAGGAAGCCGCUUGUCCAUUGUCAUGGCAGCAGCUUGCGUGACUUCCUGGGUGACGGGGCUGGUGUUUGGGAGUGUACCUGUGGUGUAUGACUGGAUCAGAUAUGACCCUGCAGAGAUGCUCUGUGCGGUCUUCUGGGAGAGCAGCUACUCUGACAUGCUGGUCUACAUCCUCUCUGCCUUCUCCAUCUGCAUCUUCCUCCCCUUCCUGCUGAUCGUCUUCUGCUCCAUCCUGACCUCUGCUGGCAGGGGGUGGGACUGCUCCAGUGAUCUCUCCUCUGUCACGCCACUGUUGGUGGUAUUCUACACGGUCUGCUACAUGCCAUUCGUACUGUCGGAGCUGAUUCUGCUGGGGAGGCUGGACCUGUCGCCGGCCCCUGAUUGGCUGAGGACGCUGUCGUCAAUGAUGGCUUACCUGGACUGUGGGUUAAACCCCCUCAUUUACUGCACCAAUCAGGACUUCCGAGUGGCAGUGCUAGGCCUGCUGUGGACCAAUCAGAAGUCGCACACUGAGCCGGUUCUGACAGCAGUGGUGAAGCUGGAUCCAUGAAGGCUGCGAGAGACUGAAGGAUCACCGAGCAAU